CCUUAUUUGCGAUCUCGUUCUGCCCCAAAAGGCGCUCCCGCCAAUUUCGUACUAGAAUCUUCCCUUCCCUGGAUUCUUGUGAAAUUUCCUGAAAUUCUGCUUCGAAAGUAAAGAAGGAACUGCUUCAGCUUUUUUUUAAUUUUGUGUAAUGAAGAAGAAACGUAGCCUGGCUACUGCGACGGAUUGGAAGGCGGAAAUCGAGAAUGCGACUAGACAGGAAGCUGUACGUUCAAUAUACGCGAUGUUGAAGGAACGAGUGUCUUCUCGUUAUCCUAAUGGCAUGAGUUCGGAAAGAAUUGCUAACCUUGCGAUAGAAUAUGAGAUGAGGUUCUUUAAGAACGCAAAACAGAGUUUCUGGAAGAUGCAAAUUGAAGAUUAUCUAUAUCAAAAAGAUCUUCACGAACCCCUAUUGGGGUGAAGUCGGAUACCAUUACCACGGAGCAGUGGAAGCUCAAAGAUCGACAGGUCUUAGGGUUGAUCCGGUUGACAUUGUCCAGAAACAUGGCGUUCAACAUCAUCAAGGAGGACAACGUCAGAUCUGUUGAAGGUGCUGUCGAACAUGUAUGAAAAAUCGUCGACUAUGAACAAGUAAUCUGUCUAUGCCUCUGAGGAAGCAUAUUUGAAUGCUGUAACCGGCAAGAUGAGUAGGAGUGAAAAUCGCCAUGAAAGCGCAAGCAGUCGAGUUCGUCCUGCAUUUGUAAUCCAGCCUCCGCCACAGAUGAGUAAUCAGCCACACCAACGGGCAGUGCCUAAUCCGCUAUAUCAACAACCAGCAGUACCUAAUUCACUUCCGCAGCAACAUACUCAGCAGUUAAGGCCAAAGCCACAUGGACAACUACAGAGACAAAAACUGAAUGUCAGGCAGACACAUCAGCAAAUUGGGAUGCACAAUCAAAGCUUUGUUAGUCCACAGAAAGCACUAAAUUCACCAUGCGGACCACAGGGUUUAGUGAGUCCAAUAUUCACACAAAAUCCAAAUGUGUUGACCUUGCAGCCAAAUGAGAAUUUGACCCAAGUAAAAGAGGGUGUGAUUGGUGAAGCUUUUUGGGCCUCAAAAGUCUCACAUCAACACCGUCCUGCGAUAGAGCAGCAAAAGCAACACCAGUCCAUGGGAGCUUCAGCAGUUCCAAAUGGAGUUCCAAAUUCAGAAGAUUGGCAUGAUCUUGCAUUUGCUGAGAUGGAGCAGCUCAAGAAGAUAUGCGUGCCUCUUUUCAAGAAGAUGUGUCAACAGUAUAUGCAGGCAGCACAAACAGGGAAUAUCCAGCACCACCUGGUUUCACUGCAAAAAAUGAUACGAUUUUUGCAAUUGCCAAGGGAUAGAAUCAUCUUAACUCACACCAAAGAGGAGUUUUAUGGAUGUUUGCUAACAAUUGUGAAAACUCUGAAAUUAUUUGAGAAUUGUCAUAUGAAUCUUGCUAAUAAGCAGCAUUCCCUACAUGGGCAGCCCGGCCUUGGUGGAUCUCGCAUAAACCCAGUUCAGCAAAGUGAUAAUGUGAAACUCCAUUUUCAACCAGUGAACUGGGCUGCAAAUGUCUCUCCUGGUAGUUCUUCAUCUAUAGCGCCACUACGACAAAAAGGUUCAGUAAGGUCAGAAGCAGAUUGGGUUCAGGAUAAUCUGUCGCAGAAUAGCCAACAUUCAGUAAACAUCAAGCCAGAAAUUGAACUCCAGUCUCAUAACAUCAGAAGCUCUAGCGCAACUACCUCUCCGCUCCCAGAACCUGCUAAUCUCGGAAGCAAUAGGCAAUUGUCAACAGCAACGGAGCCUCAAAGUCGCUUACUUAAAGCGGUUGAAUCUGUGUCAAAUGAAGCAUUGAGAGAGGCAGUAUUGGAAAUAAGUUCAGUUGUAAAUAUGAACGACUCUAUAACAGAACCAUGGUGUCACUCAAAGGCCACUCAUUUAAUGUCGCACGACAGACGUGGUUCCUCAAAUAGUAUGAAGCGCAAAAUAAACGCAACGGCCUUAAACGACAUGCCAUCGCCUCGCAGUGAUACUGCUCAGUCUGGACCAACAGUUAUAUCAAAAAGAACUAAGCUCAAGAAACUGUCCGAUUAUGCCUUAUUAGAAGAAAUGAGAAACAUAAACAAGCAGUUCAUCGAAACAGUCUUGGAAUUAGAUUUGGACGAAAAUCUCAAUGCACGAUUAGCCAAUGCAGGCACUGUUCUUCGAUGCUCGUAUCGUGCUGUAACUGAUAGUAAAAAUUCAGAAGCUCACCCUGUUAAGCUGCCAGUGCUUUCUGUGAAGCUGCUUGUGCCUCUUGAUUAUCCAGAGGAGUACCCUGUAUUUCUAAGCAAGUUUAACACAGACUGCGGCAAUGUGGACGAACAAUUUAGAGAGCUGUCGAACGAAGCAACGUCGAGGCUACGCGCAUUCCUUCGCACUGUCCCGGACUGCUUGUCUCUUGAAGAAUAUGCAAGGGCGUGGAAUGAAUGUGCCCGCUCUGUGGUAUCUGAGUAUGCUCAACGUGCUGGUGGGGGAUGCUUCAGUGCUCGAUAUGGGACUUGGGAGGACAGCAUCAGCACAAACUAACCUAUACUCUAAAUAGUUCAUUUGUAUUAUAAAAUUUCUUCAUUUUUUUUGGUUAAUAGCUUUAAAUAUCACGUAUUUGUUUAAAUUGUUGUCCCUGAGUAUUUAACUAAAUCUCCAUUAGUAGUUAGGAGUUAGAUUUAGUUUGUGAUUUGUUUUUGUUUAAAUUGUUGUC